AUGAGAUUCAACGAUGAUGAGAAGAUUGUUAGCUCUCAAGAGUCAGGAUCAAAACCAACGCCAAUCGUACCGGGAAGAGUACAGCUGAUAAGCAUAAAUAAAAAUAUAGUACCACUUGAAGAAAGCAAACUCAGGGUGAUGCUGGAGAUCACUGGUGGAGAUUCAAGCAAUAACAGACCAGGACUGGAUCUUGUGGCAGUAUUAGAUGUCAGCGGAAGCAUGGAAGGAGAAAAGAUAGCAAAAGUGAAAACGGCCAUGCUAUUUGUGAUCAAGAAACUUAGCCCCAUUGAUCGAUUGUCUGUUGUCACAUUCUCCAGUGAGGCCCAAAGAUUGUGCCCGUUGCAUGAACUUGAAAGUCUGAUCAAUGGUUUAAAUGCUCACGGUAACACCAACAUCUGUGCUGGCCUUCAAAUUGGUUUAAAAGUGAUUAAUGACCGUAGUCUUAGCGGCGGACGUUCAGUUGGCAUCAUGCUUAUGUCCGACGGUCAGCAGAACGCUGGUGGUGAUGCUGCUACGGUUCCGGUUGGCGAUGUGCCCGUACACACAUUCGGUUUUGGCAUAAAUCACGAACCGAAGGUGCUCAAGGCUAUCGCAGAUAAUAGCAUUGAAGGAACGUUCUCAGAAGUUGAAAACACGGACAACUUGAGCAAAGCCUUUUCCUAGUGUUUGGCUGGGCUUCUCACCCGAGUUGUUGACGACCUGAAGCUGACAGUCACACGAAUCGAAGACGAAUCGACAAUAGAGCAGGUAAUUGCCGGAAACUAUCCACAAUCCAAGGAUGAUGCUGCUGGCUCUGUAACUGUUACGUUUGGCGGUCUGUACACCAAAGAGGUGCGCAAGGUCAUAGUGGACCUUCUUCUCUCUGCUGUUGAUCAGGAACGAGGCGCAGAUAUUCUUGAAAUUACUUACUCAUAUAGCUUUCAUGGAAAACCGUUUGAGGCCAAUCCAGCGAUCCUUACCGUACGCCGCACCGGGAAAGCUGCAGAUCAACAAGAGAGGUCGGAGGUGAAAAAUGAGGAGACCCGUCUCCUGACUGCAAGUAUGAUGAAAGAAGCAAGAGUCAUGGCUGACAGCAAUAAACUUGACGAUGCUCGGGACAAGCUCGUUGAAGCUCAGAACUCAUUGGAGGAUGUGGAUGAUGAAUCUAACCCAUUGAUUGAGAUGCUGAGGUUUGAGCUGCAACAGUUCUUGAAAUUGAUGAAAUCACAAGAAAUCUACGAUAAGCAAGGGCGUCCUUUUGCACUCUCCUGUGAGAUUUCCCAUGAUCGCCAGCGUUUCGCUGCAAGAGGUGAUAUAGAAUGCCUGCGACUGUUUGCCACUCCUUGUAUGGACAAAUACCUUGAGCAAGCCAAGUCGUUUGACGAGGAUCCCAGCAAGCCACUGCCCUCAGUGGAUGACGAUGUGAAAGAAGAACUCGCUGCCAAUCCCCUUGCUCCGAUCGCUGGUGCUAUUAGCUUCUACAUUCAGUCGGCCAAUCAGUCUCUUCAAGCCAUUGAAAAGAUAAUCAAUGGAGGCCUUUGAUUACUUGGUUAUUUUUAAUUUGUGUGUUUACUUUUGCAUUUCAAUAAGUUGGACCACAGUGGUAUCUUGCUCUAUGCAAACCCAGUCCAGUGGUGCCGUAUAUGGCUUUGGUUU